AUGUUUCUGGAUCCGACAUGGCGAUAACGCAAGUUGGUUCCGCGGCAUGUUAUAUAACGACGAGCCUCGUUUUCUCUCAUAAUCGAUAAGCUCGCCCUCAUGGCAGGACAAUCAGGGUCGCAGGAUCUUUCUGUGGUGGCACCCCUACCGCUCACACAGACACAACAUGACGAACUUGAUCAAACUUUGCCUGACACUAGCUCCCCGACGCCCAAGUUACCUCGAGACACAGAUGAAAUUCUUUACGAUUCAUUUAGCAGUCCUUACAUUGGGCUAGCCGCGAUCAGCUUUUACGAGUACCUGAAAAACAACAACAUCGAGUUCAGGACAUCCUCGAAGUCUUACUACGGCAAGUUCUGUUCGAUCGUUCAGAGUUCUGGAACAGGAAAAUCAAGACUCAUUCUCGAGCUCCGGAACAAAGGCGUCCUCGUUUUGUACAUGAACCUUCGCGAACUAAGUGACAUAGGUUUCCCUAACCGAGACCCGGUGCCUGCACGCAUAUUGACAGAAUGUACAACGGACUGUACUGAAGCCGAGUACACCGCUCGUUGUUACGCCUUUUUUACGGCCAUAUUCCAGGUGCUCUGGUGGGAUCUGGGCAGCAAGAUACCUGCACUGGACUCUCGCGAUCUUGAUGCUGCAAUCAAUGCAUGGAAUGACGAGAUGUGUGACAUGCACGCAGAGGCUCGUACCAAGUUCUUUGAGAUGGUGGAUUUUCAAUAUAACAUGGUUCUAAAAUCACCACGCCAAUCCUCCGUUAAGCAAGCUUUCCGAGACAUGGUGCAAGCUAUGCCACACAUAUUUGCUGCGAGGGAGAAAAGGAAGAGGAACGAAGAGGAGAGGAAGGACAAGUAUCUCUUUGACGAGCCAAAAAUUGUCAUUGCAUUUGACGAGGCAUACCCUCUCAACAAGUUGAACAGUCAUGGCAUCCGUCUAUCGCGUAUUCUCUGCAGUGUGAUUAACUCCUACUCCUCCCAUGAUAACACACCAGUCUGGGUCGUUUUUGCAUCUACGACCUCACAGGUGGCUGAUUUUCCACCUCCUCAAGCGAUUCAAAAUUCCAUGCGGAUAGUGCAAUCUGGAAAUUCUUCAUUUCCACCUUAUCAUGCACUUGGUUGGGAUCAGUUCGCGACCCCUCUGGGUGAUAUGCCAGCUAAUGAUGUCGCAAAUUUUUGCCAUAUUGUUAGAUUUGGUCGUCCACUGUGGAAAUCACUCAUGCCAAACGGUGGGGUUCUGAAGUUGGCUGGUCAGAAGUUAUGCGACUCUACAGCAUUUGAUUCUAUGGCUACCAAUCAGGCUCUUGCAGUACUAGCUCAGAGAUUCGCUCUCGACUUCCGCUUUGGUCAUCGCGAUACUGUUUCUUACAUCAAAACAGCAGUGGCUAGUCACUUGCGUGUAUGCUUCUCAACGACCGAAAAUGGGCUCUGGAGUGAUACCGGUUAUCCAUCCGAGCCCCUUCUGUCUUGUGUCGCAGCAAUAUUACUCCAUCAAUCACCCGACAAUUUGCCUAAUGCUUUGCAUGUCUUGGAGAACAGGAUUCAUAGUGGAAUGGUCGAAAUCGGACAGAGAGGAGACUCGUUGACCAGCAGACUUUUGCUGCUUCUUGCUAAGGAUCUCUUUAUCCGCCAAAACCCCCCCGAAACCGCGAUUCAGCAUCUACUCUAUAAUGGGAGUGAGCACGCCGAACUACUAGACUGCCAGAAGGUCUCUAUCGUCGGGUUCUUGGAAUAUCUUUUUGGCACAGCAUUCUGGUCGGACUCGGAGGCAGGAGAGGAGGCCAAGACAGUUUUUCAGCAUGCCUACAUCAAUUUUUCUCAUUGGAUAUCUAUGGAAGAGUUCAUCUCGCCUGCGGACAGUGAUUUCGAGGAGUCAAGAUGCGAUCCUGACGAGUGGACUUUGCGACAUUGGCAUCGCACAAGCGCGGUGCAAUGCUGCCCCCUGCAGCCGCUGGUCGACAAGAUGAUCCCCAUAUAUUUUGACGAUCCCAGCCUUGGCCCCGAUUUGAAACGCAUGUCCCAAAUUUUCAUUUCCGACAAAGUGGGGAGGAUUAGCAAUAUUGGAGAUCCAGGGUACGAUACUACACGCACGCAUUACUCGAUCGAGUGCCAAUCAGAUCUCCCCUACAUCACUCUCCUUCUCGACCUCAAUGUGGACUCGGACCCACAACUUAGCGCCACGUAUCUGAAGAGGGACCCAAGCCAUCCCGAAACAGGCCGAUGUCUGCGGAUCUAUGCUUCUGGAAUCAACGACACCACGUUUCCAUUCUUAAAUCAACAUCCUACCGUUGCGAAAGGGCUACAAGAAAUUCUCUCUCGACAGAAAGAAGCACUGGUCCCCCAAGCCCUCAGGAGUUCAAUGUGCAACGUGAGGUGGGAGGCAUAAGAAGGGUUGUACUUGGUCCGUUGAGCGUAUGUUUUAGCUGGUCAGGUGUGCGUGCCUUGACGAGAACUUCCGGGAGGGCUCUGAAGAUUAUUCAUGGACUUGACGUUGUACACGGGGCAUUGCGAAAACAACCUGUGGUAAGGGAUAUUGAUGUAGCUAGUAGCUGCGCAUUAUUUGGUGAUUACAUGAGGUUUGCCGAAAAUAAUAGCUUACCUCAAAUUCUUGUGUCA